AUGGGUUUCGGCUCUUCAAGAAACACCUCACCCACGUUGAAAACUGUCUCAGAGCAGACGAUGCGCCAGCAGAACCUUCAAGUGACUCUAAAGCAGCUGCAAACGUUGAUGGAAUGUCGUGGAAUGACGAUGGUGCAGGCGAUUCAGACAAACUUUGGCAGCGUCGAGCAACUCUGUGCCCAGUUGGGCGUUCAGCAGACAGAGGGAAUAAACCCUACUGAAGGAAACAUUGCCCUUCGCCAGAACGUCUACGGGAAAAACCAGGUCAACUUCAAGCCGCCCAAGUCCUUCCUGACGCUCGUCUGUCGUGCACUCAAAGACAAGACCUUAAUGAUGUUGGAGAUUAGCGCCGCCAUCAGCUUCGUCCUGAGCUUUUGCAAUCCGGGGAUGGAUGCCGAGGAUGGGUCAGACACUGACUAUGAGCUGGAGCAGCAGCACGACGACAAGUACGGGUGGAUCGAGUCGGCGGCCAUCACCGUCUCUAUACUCAUUAUCGUCUUGGUUUCUGCGGGAAAUGACUACACUAAAGAGCGACAGUUUAGAGUUCUACAAUCACAACUGGAGAAGGAGCACAAGGUGAGCGUCCUAAGAAAUCGAGCCAUCUCGGAGGUUCCAGUCACCAGCCUGGUGGUGGGCGAUAUUUGCCUUCUAAAAUACGGAGAUAUUAUUCCAACGGACGGAAUUCUCUUUGAGUGCAACGAGCUGAAGAUUGACGAGAGCUCGCUGACGGGCGAGUCAGACUUGGUGGCCAAGUCUCUCACUGCUGAUCCGGUCAUUCUAUCUGGCACUCAUGUCAUGGAGGGCGGUGGGCGGAUGGUGGUGACGGCAGUGGGCGUUCAUUCUCAAUCAGGCAUGAUCUACUCGCUGAUGAGGAGUGGGGACAAUGCUAAGGCGUCUGGCGAGAAGGGAGAGGAGGAAGAGGAUGAGGAGAGGGAUCACUCGGUGCUGCAGAAGAAGCUGCGAGACCUGGCACUGAGAAUCGGUUACGUGGGCAUCGGAAUCACAGUGUUCACGAUGAUCCUCCUUGUCACCGAAUACGCCAUCGUCAAGUUCCUCCUUGAGCGACAGCCCUUUCGCUUGUACGUCCUCAAAGAUCUGCUCAACUUUCUCAUUAUCGGUGUGACCAUUCUCGUGGUGGCAGUGCCUGAAGGACUGCCACUGGCGGUGACGCUGUCGCUAGCAUACUCCGUCCGGCAAAUGAUGAAGGACAACAACCUCGUUCGGCACUUGGACGCCUGCGAGACGAUGGGCAAUGCGACGAUCAUCUGCUCAGACAAGACCGGCACACUGACGGCAAACAAAAUGACUGCCGUAAAGUGCUACCUCUGUGGCACCUUCUACCACACCCUCUCCAAGCGGUUCCUCGAGCUGCCCGCCGACGUGGUCAGCACGCUGGCGCAGAGUAUUGCCCUCAACUCGCAGCCAACCAGUCAGCUGGAGAAACUGAAAGACGAAAACCGAACGGUCAAGCAGCUGGGCAACAAAACUGAAUGUGCCCUUCUGGGACUGCUCUUUCGUGUGCACAUUGACUAUCGAGAAGUGCGGGAGCGCUUUCCGCCUGCCCACCUUCACCGAAUCUACCCCUUCAAUUCAGCCCGCAAGUUGAUGCGCACCGUCAUCUGUUUGUCCCCUCAAGGCUUUCGAGUGCUAGCAAAGGGCGCCUCGGAGAUUAUUCUGAAAAAGUGCAAGUACAUUGUCGGCGCAAAGGGAGACAUUCUCGAGUUGACGGAGAAGGAAAAGGACAGGCUCACUUCCAAGGUGAUAAGGAAGAUGGCACAAGAGGGACUUCGCACAAUCAUGAUCGCCUACGUGGACUACCUGUUCGACUCUGAGCCUGACUGGGAUGCCGAAGAGUCGUACAGCGAUCUGACCUGUCUGGCAGUUAUUGGCAUUGAGGAUCCCAUUCGAAAGGACGUUCCAGAGGCGAUUGUGCGCUGUCAGCGGGCAGGCAUCAGCAUUCGAAUGGUAACUGGCGAUAAUGUGGACACGGCACGGGCAAUAGCCAGAAAGUGCGGCAUCAUCAGUCGAACAGCCGCGGACAGCGACGAUUUGGUACUGGAAAGCAAGGAGUUCAACAGGGUGAUCCGCAAUGAACAAGGAAAAGUUGACCAGCAGAGAUUUGACCUAGUGUGGCCGCGGCUGAAGGUGCUGGCUCGCUCCACACCAGCGGACAAAUACACACUGGUGAAGCACAUCAUCGAGAGUCGACUGAACCCAAAUCGAGAGGUGGUCGCCGUCACCGGGGAUGGCACCAACGACGCCCCUGCUCUCAAAAUGGCCGACGUCGGCUUUGCCAUGGGCAUCGCUGGCACUGAGGUCGCCAAGGAGGCAUCAGACAUCAUUCUCACGGAUGACAACUUUUCAAGCAUUGUCAAGGCAGUAAAGAGCGGUCGCAACGUCUACGAUAGCAUCACCAAGUUUAUACAGUUUCAACUGACGGUGAACAUUGUCGCGGUGCUGAUUGCCUUUAUCAGCGUCUGCAUUAUCUCGGACAGUCCACUGAAGGCAGUGCAGAUGCUUUGGGUCAAUCUAAUCAUGGACACGCUGGGUUCACUGGCGCUCAGCACGGAGAAGCCCUCGGAGAUGCUGCUGCUUCGCAAGCCCUACGGUCGCAACCAGUCCCUCAUCAGCUCGUCCAUGUGCAUGAUAAUCCUCUGCAAUUCCACCUACCAGUUUGUGCUGAUCAUGCUGAUGCUCUUUUACGGUGACCGCUUCUUCAACAUU